AGAAGUUGAGAUGCGGUUAAUAUUGUGUGAGUUGUUUAUUUCUUUCGCUAUCGUUAUCGUCUUCUUCGUUGCUCCGUCCAACAUCCUCUUAGGGUUUGCACUGAUUCACUCUGCUUUCAGCGCCGCUCAUACAUACCAGCUCCCCUUCACUUCCUCACAACAUUUCUUCAUCAAGUUUCAGGUGUUUGUUUAAUUUAUGGUUAAUGAUACUGGUUUGGAAUGUCCAACAAUCUGGUCUCAGAGCCAAUACCGAGCAUGCAGAUGGCUCAGUUGGAGCCCCUUAUGAACAAGGUUGAUUCGUCAGGGAGACAGAUGGAAAUGGGGCUCUUGGGUCCUGUAUCCAGUGAUAUUGUGUCACAGCCGCAGGCGACCUCGAAUGAACAUGUUGGACUAUCGAGAGCUCUGCCUGGUGAACCUAGGUCCCAGGGCUUACCCCUUUCGAGCAUGCAGAGUGGGCAAGUAGAAGCACAAGCAAGUAAUCCGGGAAUGCAUCAAGUUCUUCCCCCCAAUAAACAAUCCAUGCACAUGGGGAUGUUUCCGAAUAGCUCAGGGCCGCAGCAGCAGCAGCUGACAGCUACUAAGCGCAAGGCACCGAUAGAACUAUCGUCCAAUAGCUCCAUGAUGUUUAAUAAGCGGGUUGCACAAAUGGGAAAUAGACCUUGGUUGCAGCAAGUACCUAAUGCAUCAAAUAAAGGUUCUCCGCAGAUUCAAUCCCCAUCAAAUGCCUCCAGGGCACAGCAUUCAGCAGCUUCUAAUAAGAGAAAAACACAGAUGGAUAACACUUCCAGUAAAUCUGGGACUCCUCGGUCCAUGAAUUCUAAAAGUCAGAAUACGCAGAUGAAACAAUCCUCCAAGGUUCAAACUGAAUCAUCUGAAAGUGUUCGGUCCAAGAUGAGAGAGUCUUUAGCUGCUGCUCUGGCCUUGGUUUCCAAGCAAGGUAAACCUCAAAUUCCAAACAAUAAUACACCAAAUGAUGCUGCCAAUACUCAGGGUAAAUCAGGGAACAGCUCUCAAUGUGCUGGAUCAGUACCUGCAUCUAUGGAUACUUCACUGGAGCAAAGGCAGGACAUUUCUCAAUCAGUUAAUUCCUCUUUUGCUGAGGCUGAUUCUGUUGGCUACGUGGUAGGAGAGCACAGUCAGAGUUCAACAUUUAACGAACAUUUUUCAGAAAAACAUAAGGACUAUGAAGCAGGAACCACAAAUGCAUCAAACAAUGAAAACAUUCUGAGUUCUAUGCAAGAUUUUCAGUCAAGUUACACUUUGACUACUGAUGAUGUUCCUUUCAGUGACAGUUUCUUUAUGAAAGAUGAUCUUUUGCAGGGAAAUGGUCUUUCCUGGGUAUUAUCUGAUAUGGUGGACAUGGGAAAUCAAAGGGAAAGUCAAACUAAUGUAGAGCAGAGAUCAGAACCUAACGAAACAGGUGGAGCUUGUAGGGAGGAGCCCCCUUUGCCUGAAAUUUUAGCUUCACGAAUUGAAGAAGAACUCUUUAAACUGUUUGGAGGUGUGAAUAAGAAGUACAAAGAGAAAGGGAGGUCUCUUUUAUUCAAUUUAAAAGAUCGCAAUAAUCCUGAACUUAGAGAAAGGGUUAUGUUUGGUGAAAUUCCUCCAGAACAAUUAUGUUCCAUGACUGCAGAGGAACUUGCUUCAAAGGAGCUCUCUCAGUGGCGAAUAGCCAAAGCGGAGGAGUUUGCUCAAAUGGUGGUUUUACCUGAUUCAGAUGUUGAUAUUAGACGUUUGGUCAGGAAGACACACAAAGGUGAAUUUCAAGUGGAAGUUGAACAUGAAGACAAUGUCUCAAUAGAGGAGGUUUCAGCUGCUCGAAGCCAAACAAUAAAAAAUGAUGUGGAAGGCACUUCUCCUUCCAAAACUGAUGUGAACACUGAUGCUGAGAAGGGCAAUUUACAGAAGGAUAAUACAUUUUCCAUUACCAUUUCUUCCAACGAUGGGACUGAUCCCAUGCAAGGGCUAAUGACAGAUGAUGCAUUGAAGGACCCUGACUUUCUUCCACCAAUUGUCUCUCUUGAUGAAUUUAUGGAAUCUCUUCAUUCGGAGCCACCAUUUGAAAAUUUACCGGUAGAAUCUGGGAAAGUGACACCUACCUCAGAUAAGGUUGAUUCUGGGAUUGGAUCUAAAUCAAAAUCUUCCGAUUUAACUCCAAAUGAGCAAGCGGAUGUUACUCCUGAUAAUCCUGAGAAGUUUCAAAGCCCACGUGUAAAUUCAGAUGCUGAAGAAGAUAAAAAGUUUAAUGCUGAACCUGGGGCCAUUUCUUCUGAUACGAGAUACAGUGAGAGUCAGGCUGACAGGAAGUCAACUGAUGGUCGUAACAAGGAAAGGACAAGUGAUGAUGUGAAGUCUGCUUCCAGCGAUGCUGAGUUGAGAGGCAAUCAGUUUCAUGCAGAAGAGAGAUAUGGUAAUAAUAAUAGGCAUUUGAAGGUUGCAGUCCCUGCUAAGGGUGAAUGCCUCUGGGAGGGAAUGCUUCAACCGAAUAUCUCCACCACUCAAUCAGUCAUAAGCAUCUUUAAGAGUGGUGAGAAAACUGCUGCUAAAGACUGGCCUGGGUUUCUUGAGAUCAAGGGAAGGGUUCGACUUGAUGCAUUUGAGAAAUUUCUGCAAGACCUUCGACAGUCCAGAAGUCGUGCAAUCAUGGUUUCACAUUUCGUUCCUAAAGAGCCGGACGAGCAAUCAACUCUUCGUGAGGUGGCUGACUCGUACAUUAUGGACGACAGAGUAGGAUUCGCUGAGCCUGUGCAUGGAGUUGAACUUUACUUUUGCCCACCUCAUAAGAAAACAGUUGAAAUGCUCAGCAACAUACUUCCAAAGGAACAAAUUGAGGCAGUUAAUUCUAUUGAUAAUGGCCUAAUUGGUAUUAUUGUAUGGAGAAAAACUAAUUUAACUUCGUCUAUAUCACCCACCACUGCAUCACACCACAAACAUAGCUCUAAAAGACAAUACUUCAGUAGGAGACCGCUAGAUAUAAAUGUGAAUACCAAUUCCAAUUCCACCCACAUAGCAGUUAAGACCACCGAGAAUGAUGAUGAUGAUGAUGUUCCUCCUGGAUUUGGGCCGCCAGCAGCCCGAGUCGAGGAUGAUCUCCCAGAGUUUAAUUUCUCUGGUGGUUCGAAACCGUCACACUUGGUUCAAAAACCAAUGGGGUCACCUGGUAUGGUCCCAUUGCACUCGGUUAACCAGGCCCCACCACGCCCUGUUGAGCAAAUGAGAGAACUUGUACACAAAUAUGGGCAAACCAAACCAAGUGUACCUUCAGCAAACUGGCAGGAUAAAUUUGGGGGAACAAUUCAACCCUGGAAUGACGAUGAUGAUGACAUACCUGAAUGGCAGCCCCAAAACCAAACCCAAACCCCCCAGAAUCAGUUUCCUCCCCAACAGACAAUGCACAACUUUCAUCUUCGACCUCACAUUUUGAAUCAAUCAUUUCCGGGUUCACCACAACAUCCAAUUAUGCCAACACAAUAUCUGCAACCCCCUAUGAAUGUGACACAAGGCCAACGAAGUUUUGACCCACAGUGGGUUCCCUCUCCCCAGGGUAGCAACCUACAGCCAAGAGGUGGACCACCAUAUGGAGCGCCUGCGCAAGGCACUACCUGGCCUCAACAUUCGUCUAGAAGUAGGGGAUACUAGUUUAGUUCUCUCUUUAUUCAAUUUUUUUAUUUGUAGCAUGUAAGAUUAUUGUAAGGUGUCCAGCUGUUUUUUUUUCCUCUCCUGUAUCAGCAUCAAUACCUCGUAGUAGAUCAAACGAAUGACCAUUUUUCUCCUGUUUUAGUUUGUCAACUGUAGGUGUUUCGCCGAAUAAAUGCGAGGGGGCAAAACAAUUUUGCAUGCUAUAGUUUUAAAUUUUUAUGCCGUUUCCGUAA